CCCAAAGAAUCGGUAUUCAAUUUUAAGGAACCGAACACAUACUUUCACAAUUUUUUGAUUUAUCUUGUUAAUUACAACCUCGCCCUCGGCUAUCCUACCUCUUAUAAAUAUCCCCAAGCUUCCAUUUCUCCCAUCGCCAUUUCUCGGAACUAAUUAAUUAAGAUGAGGGCGGGAGUAACCUCGAACGCGACCGCGAUGGCGGAGCCGGGGGCGGCUGGAGGCUAUUCGAGGUGGCACUCGCCGGUGCCGUACUUGUUCGGUGGGCUGGCAGCGAUGCUGGCCCUCAUCGCCCUUGCCCUCCUCCUCCUCGCUUGCUCGUACUGGAAGCUGUCGAGGCGCCCCGAGAGGGAUGUCGGCGGAGGCGAGGCCGAGGGCAAGAUGAGGUCGGAGGCGGCGGCGGUGUGGCAAGCGGGCUACGAGGAGAAGGUUGUAGUGAUCAUGGCGGGGGAGGAGAAGCCGACGUACCUGGCGACGCCCAUUGCUAGCCGAGCGUCGUCGUUUGGCGAUGGAGGAGCGACGAAGCUGGAAGAGAAGGAUUUAUACCGUGCCGCUCUAGAUGUAACUUGUUGAGGUUGCCAAGAACCAGUUUAUAUUUCAAGUUUCAUAUUUUAUGAAAAGAAUAUAAUACGUUUGGAAA